AUGUCUUGGGACUGUAAGAGAAACCGGAACACCCGGAGGAAACCAACGCAGACACGGGGAGAACAUGCAAAGUCCACACAGAAAGGACCUGGACCACCCCACCUGGGGAUCUAACCCAAGACCUUCUUCCUGUGAGAUCCUCCAAGUUUGAUGGGUCCUAUAAUCGGGAUGUCGCCAGAUAAGAAAGCCGAUUCUCCAGGAUCUCAGGGCAUGUGCGGAGCAGGGACCCUCCCAGAGGCAGAAAGCGCCUCCAGCCCUCUAGCCACAUGCUUAGACCGGAUUGGCCCUGCCGGGUCAGUGACUGGGUCUGGACUUGAACCCGAGGACGAUGAAUUGACCAAUUUGAACUGGCUUCAUGAAAACCUUUUACAGAACUUUACGCUGGGAGAUGCCCAGUCUGCCAGCAGGCCCUUGCUUGACAUCGAGGGCAGUAUGAGCUCUCCUCAUGGCAACAGCAUGUCCUCGUCCUCCAACUGUUCUGUCUCAUCGGGGAGUCCAGUUAGUGAUGGAGAUCCCCUCAAAUCCAAACCCCCUUUCUCAUUUUCUCUUCUAAUUUACAUGGCUAUUGAGCAGUCUCCCAGUAAAUCUCUUCCUGUAAAGGACAUCUACGGCUGGAUUCUAGAACACUUCCCAUAUUUCUCCAGUGCCCCCACUGGCUGGAAGAACUCAGUGCGGCACAAUCUCUCCCUGAACAAAUGCUUCCGCAAGGUGGAGCGCGGCCUGGGCAAGACCAAUGGAAAAGGCUCUCUGUGGUGCGUUCACCCCGAGUUCCGGCCCAUGCUGAUGCAAGCCCUAAAGAAACAGCACUUCCCAAGCGCACACGCCUUCUACACGCCACCUGCCUCCCCUCCCAGUGCCUCGUCUCCUCCUUGUCACCUGUUCUCGUUGGAGCAGGGCUACUCUCUGAAGGAAUGUGAUUUUGAUGCUGCCACUGCCAUGAUGCUGUUAAAGUCUGCCUCUGAGCAGAACAUUGACCCAUAUGAGCAGGAGGGGCCGAUCGAUCUUUCCCGUAGGGACUUGGUGGUUGUGAGUCGAGAUCCUAAACAGGACCACACCUACAGCAGCGUGCCCGUUCAUGCCUCUCAGCGACAGACGACUCCGUGCCAGGCAGCGAACAGCAGCCACCCAUCACUUAAAAGGGCCAGACAAGAUGUUAAGCCUGAAGUGGAUGAGGAGUUAAAGGAGGCGGCUGGUUCGCUUCUGCACCUGGCUGGUAUUCGCACGAGCCUCGGUGCUUCACGACGCAAAAGCAGAAAGCUGGACAGGAAAUGAACCUUUUCUGGUUUGCUCACCCUUUAUUCUCUUUUCUGCCCCUAAUAAUGUGACUCGUUCCUGUGGCCUGUCCUGGCCUCUCUCCCCUGGUUGACAUUGCUUUGUUUCAUUUUUUCCCCCUUUUUGUUUUAAAUAUACCUAUCAUCUCAUCCAACAGGCAAUACUAACACAGGAGAGAAAAGCCAUAAUGACGCUUUUUGUUGUACAGAGUAUGAAAGACAAAAAAAUCAUAUUCGAAUGACCCACAUUUAAAGUUUAAGGAAAAAAAACAAACAAAAAAACCUCAGAGGAGAUUUGCAUGCUUCCACCUUUAAAACAACACACAUGUAUAUAUUAAGAAUGAAUGCAUGAAUUUCACAAGUGGCUUGGGCUUCAUUAUAGUGAAAACUAAAUAAGAAAAAAAAGUGCCAUUGAUUUUGGAUCAUAAGACUUCAGUUGAGAAAUAUGAGACAAAUAUAAAUGCAAUAAUUAGUUGAUUUAAAUAAUUGUAGUUAUUUUAUUUUUGUACUGCUGUUUUUUGUAUUUCGUCAAGAUGACAUGUCCCCUCGAGCCCUGUGCUAUCCCCGUAGCUAUGAUGUCAAAACCACGUGACCUGCCUCUUUAUCCUGAUUGGAUCAGUGCCCUCACCCAACCUGCCUGACCAGUAUGAUUUUAGUGAUUAACGGCCUAAGAGCAGAGCUAUUGGUCUUUGCAUUUACUUCAGUAUUUAUCCAGUGAUUAUCUCUGUUGUCAGUGUAGUCAUGUGCCAUUACCUGCCCUGAAUUAUCCCCAAAUAUGUUUACACUUGUGCCACCUUUGCAUUUAAGUAAAUAUUUAAAAUAGAGUGAGGAAUUCAGGGGUCGACAAAUCAAAACUAUAAAAGCUAUGUGUGCCCAGUUCCAUGUUUCUGUUUCCCAUAAUCAUAUUUAACCAGUCUUAAAACGAGUAGUGUACUUUAACCCAGAUCUGUUUUGCUAGUUGGAUAAUAAAAGCUUUAUUAAUGACUAAGGCUGUAAAAUACUUUUAACCCUUCAAUAAAAACAGUUAAAGAUGUACUAUUCAAAAUGCAAUCAAGUACUAAUAAGAUAUAAAAUUUGAAUUCAAACUCAUAUAGUCACCAGAUUUAUUUUCAUGUUAAAAGACAGGUGUCUUUACCGACCAAGAAAAUUAAGUGGGAGUUUGUUGGUGCUUUGAUAAUGGAGACAUUGAAGAGGAGUUUCCAAACAGCAAGGUCUAGAACAGUAUUUGCUGACCGCAGCUUUAAUGUGUUACUCUGUCAAGAUCCUGACUGUGGAUUAACAGCAGGGUGGAAACUCACCCACCUGAAAAAUACUUGUCCAGAUUCUAAACAAGAUAAACGCAUAGAAGCCUCAUUAUAUUACUGCAGACAUGCCACAGUAAUCAAUAAAAAGUUGUGCUAAAUGUGUACCUGCAAAAUGAGAAUAUUUUCAUCGAUUUAUAUAUCAGUGGUUGUUCUUUAAAAAGUCAGCAGCAACAUGGGAAGUAGCACAAUCAGAAUAAUGGGAAUCUGUGGCAUGCCAUGAAUGCACAUUGCCCGUGAUAAAGCACAAACAGAGUCCCCAUAAAUAAACUGCUUGCCAUUUGUCUACUAUAGGUAGCUUUAGCUUAACAUGUAAGUACAGUAAGAACAUUAAUUUGGCCUGCUGACCUGGUCAGUACAUUUACUGCCUUGUAGUGUUGUGAAACUAAUAAUUAAUAAGUAAAUAAGUGACCAUAAUGUUAUGAAAAAAUAAAAAUUA